UUUUGUAACUUCCUGUUCGUCUUCAAAACGACAUGUGCAACAAGUAGGCCUACUUUUACCAAAAGGAGUAGAGGACACCUUUCGCUAUGAGUACAGCACAAGUCCUGUCAAAGGGUCCUCACAAAGGACCAAAAAAGGGAUCCUUGACAGUAGAGGAAAUACAGGUGGAUAACAUAACACAGUUGGCCCGACAGCAUUGGUCACAGGAUGCUUUAAAGAAUGGGAAAGAUUUUAACCCAAAGAUUGUAGCAGAUAUAUACAGAGAGGAACUUCAGGGAACACAGUUUUCUGUGAGAAGAACUAUGAUGUUAGAAUUCAGUCAGUACCUGGAGAAUUACUUGUGGCCAAACUUCAAACCUGAGAAGUCCAACAAUGCACAUAUCACAUCUACUGCUCUUAUGGUGAAUGAGAAAUUUAGAGAAAGAGUUCCACCAUGGGAGUGUUUCAGAACCAAGCCAGAAAAUUUUGAAGAGUUUUUCCAUCAGGUAUUGAAUGUAUGUCUAGCUGAACACACAUCUCUGCUGGAACACACACAUCUUCUCAUGUUCCUCAUUCACUGCUUCAACAGUCUGGAAAUGGACCUGAUUCGAGAACAAGUUCAGAAGUUAGUGUCUCUUCCAAUCUGGACUAACCUCCUACCAGGAAGAAGAGAAGAACUGUUCAAAACAAAUGCCAAGUACAAAAAGUUUUAUAACCUUAUACAGAAAAAUGAUGCUAAAGUUGGGACAGAAAAGUUGAAGCGAUUACAGUUUGAAAGGAACUUCAUGUCCAAUCUGAUGAAGAAGUUCUUCAAUAUAUUAGACACAAUACCGUUACAGGGAAGUUAGCACAUACAAAAGGUACAGUACUGUGAACGCUUCAUGGAACUUAUGAUUGACAUCGAGAGUCAGCUACCCACGCGACGGUUCUUCAAUGCUCUCAUGGACGAUGUCCAUCUUGUUGUCAGGUGUCAGAUGUCCACACUGGUGAACAGAAAGGAAGGAAAACUGUUUGGGGAGCUCCUGGAGAUGCUACAGCGGUAUGCAGAGUUUGAGAUUGAUGACCAGACAGGAGAAGCUCUGACUAUCCACGACAGGAUAGACCUCCAUUACAACAGGGUGCUGGCUUUACAGAAAGUUGCUUUCCGACAUUUCUCGGACGAUCUCCGCAGCUUUGCUGUUUCAAACGUUGCAAGUGUAGACAGCAGGGAAUCACUGCUUAAAUUCUUCAAGAGCUUGAGUAAGUCUGACCUGCAUCGAGUACUGGCUUACAUUCAUCAGUUACCGAUGAUCAAGGAAGAAGAGGAGUCAACUCAGAAAGAAGACUACAUGUUGGAACUAUUGGUCUCCCGUCAUGAGAAGAGACGGUCCCAGCUGGAACAAAUCAAUGAAAUGCCACUGUACCCAACAGAGGACAUCAUUUGGGAUGAGAACAUAGUACCCACAGAUUUUUACUCCGGGGACAGUUGUCUAGCUCUGCCAAAGCUUAAUCUACAGUUCCUUACAUUGCAUGAUUAUUUGCUGAAGAAUUUUCAUCUGUUCAGACUAGAAUCUACAUAUGAAAUACGACAAGACAUUGAAGAUGCUGUAUCUCACUUAAAACCAUGGAAAGCAGAGGAUAGCAGUUGUCUGUUUGGGGGAUGGGCCCGGAUGGCACAGCCAAUCGCAGGCUUCAAUGUGGUGGAGGUGGCGAAGCCUCUGAUCGGUGAGAACCAUCCUGCCCAGGUGCGAGCAGAUGUCACAGUCAGUCUCAGUGUGCGGGAACAUGUCAAGAAUGAGUGGGAAGGCCUGAGGAAGCAUGAUGUAGCAUUCCUUAUCACACUUCGUCCCACUCUAACCGUCCAACAGAAAUACAACCACGAGAUGCCCUUCAUACCCCAGGUUGGACUAGUGUAUGUCAGAGGCUGUGAGAUCGAGGGCAUGCUGGAUGCAGAGGGCAAGGUCAUAGAAGAAGGGCCAGAACCCCGCCCAGAUCUUCCAGGUGACAUGAGGACAUUCCGUGUCUUCCUUGACCCUAAUCAGUACCAGCAGGACAUGGCUCGUGCUGUGGAUGGAGGCGAGGAUGUGUAUGAGACAUUUAAUGUGAUAAUGAGGAGGAAACCCAAGGAAAACAACUUCAAAGCUGUGUUAGAGACAAUGCGUGACCUGAUGAACACAUCGUGUGUUGUUCCAGACUGGCUCCAUGACCUUAUUCUCGGAUACGGUGAACCUAACGCAGCACAUUAUUCUCAAAUGCCAAAUAAGAUAAACUCCCUUGACUGGAAUGACACUUUCCUGAAUAUAGACCACCUAAGGGCAAGUUUCCCUGACCAUGACAUAGAGGUCUGUACGGAUGAAGUUGGCAAACAUGUGCCACCAUUCAGGUUAAAGUUUCCACAGGAAGAGGUGACCGGGAAGAGGAAAGCUGAUGCAGAAGAGACGAAAGUAAAAAAACAGAUCGUAGUGGAACCACACACCAUCCCAAACAGAGGGCCUUACCCCUACAAUCAACCCAAAAAGAAUCAGAUCUCGUUCACGCCGACCCAGAUUGAGGCUGUCCGGGCGGGGAUGCAGCCCGGCCUUACAAUGGUUGUAGGACCCCCGGGGACGGGUAAGACUGAUGUUGCAGUACAGAUCAUCUCCUGUCUCUACCACAACUUCCCAGACCAGCGUACGAUUAUCGUCACCCACUCCAAUCAGGCCCUGAACCAGCUGUUUGAGAAGAUCAUGGCAUUAGACAUUGAUGAGCGACAUCUGUUACGUCUCGGUCAUGGAGAGGAGGCGUUGGAAACCGAGAAAGAUUUCAGUCGGUAUGGCCGAGUGAACUAUGUGCUAGCACAGCGUCUAGAGUUGCUACAGGAAGUGGGGCGUUUACAGGACAGUCUGGGCGUGCCUGGUGACCUCUCUUACACGUGUGAGACAGCCUCUUACUUCUUUCUAUACCAGGUUUUAGCAAGAUGGGAGGAAUUUCUUAGCAAGCUCCGACAGAGUAAGGAUAAAAAGCCAGAAAACAUCAAGGAUUUCUUCCCCUUUACAGCAUUCUUCAGCAAUGCCCCACAGCCACUGUUCAAGGGGCGCUUCUACGAGCAGGAUCUGGACAUAGCAGAGGGCUGCUUCAGACAUAUCAAGAAAAUAUUCACGCAAAUUGAGGAGUUUCGGGCAUUUGAGCUGCUAAGGAGUGGCUCCGACAGAGCAAAUUAUCUGUUGAUUAAAGAAGCCAAAAUCAUUGCGAUGACCUGUACACAUGCUGCUCUCAAACGUCGUGACUUGGUGGCAGCAGGCUUUAAGUUUGACAACAUUUUGAUGGAGGAGUCAGCCCAAAUUCUGGAAAUAGAAACCUUUAUCCCUCUCCUUCUACAGAACCCUGAGGACAACAUAAACCGUCUGAAGCGCUGGAUCAUGAUUGGUGACCACCACCAGCUUCCACCAGUCAUCAAAAACAUGGCCUUCCAGAAAUUCUCCAACAUGGAGCAGUCGCUCUUCACACGCCUCGUCAGACUUGGGGUUCCCACUGUCGACCUUGACGCCCAGGGCAGAGCUAGAUCAAGUAUAUCAAGUUUAUAUAACUGGAGGUACCGUAAACUAGGGAACCUACCCCAUGUCAUGAUGAAUCCAGAAUACCGCCUUGCUAAUGCCGGAUUUGUCCACGACUUCCAGCUCAUCGACGUCCAGGACUUCAAUGGUGUAGGGGAGACCCAGCCCAACCCAUACUUCUUUCAGAAUCUGGCUGAGGCCGAGUAUGCUGUUGCACUGUUUAUGUACAUGAGGAUGCAGGGCUAUCCUGCAGAGAAGAUCGCCAUCCUAACUACAUACAAUGGACAGAAACAUCUGAUACGGGAUGUCAUUUACCAGCGGUGUGGGAAGAAUCCUUUCAUAGGGCAGCCACAUAAGGUGACUACUGUGGACAGAUACCAGGGCCAGCAGAAUGAUUACAUUAUCCUGUCACUGGUCAGAACCAAGACUGUCGGUCACUUAAGAGAUGUGAGACGUCUGGUGGUAGCCAUGUCCAGAGCUAGACUUGGCCUGUAUGUAUUUGGCAGGGUCAGCCUAUUCAGCAACUGUUUCGAGUUGACUCCAGCCUUCAAUAAGCUGAUGUCCCGUCCACAGAAGCUACAAAUCGUUCCUCAAGAGAUGUAUCCCACACAGCGUAAGAUCAAUGAGCCAGCAGAAGGCAGUGUAAUGGUUAUGGAAGACAUGUCACAUAUGGCACAGUUUGUGUUUGACCUCUACAACUCCAGGGUCACCAUGAUGAUGAGUCAGCGUGGAAUGUCAGAGGCUCAAUCAUUACAGAAACCACCAAAGAAAAGCUGAUCUGCAAGAGAAGAGUGUCAAGCCUGUUAAAAGAAAAUGUUUAUCGGUCUAGAACAGCUUUUAACAAUGUCAGUGUUACCAACAACACAAAACUGUUGAGGCACAGAUCUAUGUAGAAUGUUACUGACAUUGUCCGACAGAUCUGGAAGACAUUUGAAUAACAGGUACUUUAUGGUACCACUAUGUGUCAGUCUGUAUAGGAACUGGAGGAGUUGUGCAUUAGCUGUAGACUUGUUUUGUCAGAUCUGAUACAGUAUUGUUCUGAUGGGGCAGAAUAGAGAAUCAUUCGUACUUAACGAAUGUCAUACCCUGUCUAGUAAUCAUCGCUGAAGAGAUUUUGAUUUGCUAACAGACAGAAAGGAGCAAGAUGCAAACAAAUUACGGAUGUGAAAAAACAUUUCAGGCAACUGUUAUUAAAAUUCAAGCACCGGUAAAUAUUGGAUAUACCAAACUUGUUAAGUCCUGAGAAAGUUUUUUACUGCCAUUAGUGCAUAGAAGUGAUGCAAUUUCAAAUGAUAUAAUCAAGUUACAAACUCUGUCUAUUCACCAAGUGAAAUUCAUCUAACCUCUAUCAGGUGGUUCAUUCAUAUUUAUCAUAUUCACAAUCACUUAUCAUGGAAUAAAUUCAUUGAUAUGUAA